AUGCCGGCCAAACGUCAAACCUUCUCCGGGCGCGGGCUGCCAGCAGCUAAGAACGCCCGUGCUUUUGAAGGGACUGAAGUGUUGGUUGCCUGUGCGCGCAGCUGGGGCAGUGCCUUCUGGGUCUUCAAAGGCGCAGAAGCCGGCGUGCCACUGUGGCAGAUCCAAUUCACUGGCACCGCCCACCGCCUCUUCACCUUUCAGAUGCUAGCUGCAGUGCGUGACUGGCUGCAGGACCAGAAAGAUGAAGAAAUGAAGACUUUGAGCGAUCUGCACUCUGCGUGGCAUGUCCGCAUCAUCACAGGGGGACCAGCAGGUGAAACAGAUGUGGAUGGGGUCGGUGUCUGUGAAUGGGCCCCGGCCAUGUACUGCGCCGGGCCCAGUCCAAGCCGAGCGCUCGAAGUCAUUCACGGCGCAAUUGCAAUCAGAGCCCGCAAGAAAUCUAUGCUGUCGCUGCCACGCCUCAAAGUUUGGACUGGGGCAGCGCCAGGCUUUCAAGUUCCAGAAGCAUGGGAAUUCUGCGGCCCGACAGAAAUCUCGCCGCCUAAGCCAUUCGGCGUUUUGCCACCUCGCGGCAAACGCCACGUUCUAGCACAGCUUGAGAAGGAAGGCAACCACAACAAAGAAAAUGAGGAAAGCGAGGCGCAAGACAAAUACAUGCUUUCAUUUUUCGGUGGCCUUUUCCAUUUUAGAGAGCGCUUUGACCAGAAGCAAAUCGCUGGCACCUCGGUGGAGAAAGAUGAUUCGGACGAGAAAACCUACAUUCGGAUCCUUGACGGCCUUCUUCUGGACGAUGAAGACUCAAUGAAUCGCAUCCGGGAUGUUUUGGAGAAUGUCCUCCAUGGCAUGCCUGUGUACUUCAUCAACAGUGUCGGGCCUGGAGAUGAGAUGGCCGCUUUUGUUGAAUCCUGCGAAUCUGUCGCUCAGACAGAAAACCUGUCAGGCUAG